AUGCGCGUCUCUUUCUUCCUCUCAAGCCUCCUAUGGCUUUCUACCGCCUCAGCCCUGCCAGCCCCUCUGGAUGAGCGCAAGGCAGUCGGCUGCGACUGUACCGGCACAAAGAAUGGAGGUCCCUCGUCCAAGGAGUUCAUCUGCCGUGACUCCCGCCUUGGACCCAAGGUCCUACCCAAGAAGCUUCCUCUCGACAACCUUGUAGAGAACUAUGACCGCUUUGGAGGACUCACUCCGGGUCAAUUCCUCGACAAGUGGACCGACGACAAGGGCAACUUCAUCUAUCCUCCUCAGAACGGCUUCCAGCUUGACCAGAACGGCAACGCCAUUAACGGUACCAUGGAAUUGCAAAAGGGCGCCCUCGUGGAUCGCUUCGGAAGCGAAUAUGGAUCAUUCAUCUCUGCUGCUGCUGCCCCUUACUCUCAGCGUGCUCUCCCUCCCUCCAACCUGGCCACAAACCCUUCAUCCCCCAACUUCCCAUACAACUACCACGUCUACCGAGUGCUCAAGCCUCUUCCUGUUGUGGGAGGCCCUAUCGCACCUUGGUUCGGCCAGCCGGGGCUUGGAGCCCAGUUCUUCACAGGUGGGGUGGGCAACAUCAUGGCUCUGAUCGAGAAGGGUUACUUGGAGAGCGUGGAUCCAUCAGUCUUAAUCUUCAGAGGCAAGGGCUGCGCUUGA